AACCUAGACUUGGACUCAUCAUGAUGGCAGCCCAAGAGAGAGAAACAGAUAGUCAAAGAGAGAUCUGAAAAUGGUGAGGGCACCUUGCAUCGACAAAAAUGGCAUGAAAAAGGGUGCUUGGAGCGAAGAAGAAGAUAAUAAGCUACGGGAUUACAUUGAACGCUAUGGCCACUGGAAUUGGCGUGAACUUCCCAAAUAUGCCGGUUUGUCAAGGUGCGGCAAGAGUUGCAGAUUGAGAUGGAUGAAUUAUCUUAGACCAAGUGUGAAACGCGGAAAUUUCAGCAAGGAAGAAGAAGAUAUCAUCAUCAAAUUUCAUCAAGAGAUUGGAAACAAAUGGUCUGCGAUUGCAGCACAAUUACCAGGAAGAAGUGACAACGAAAUCAAGAACCACUGGCACACCCAUUUGAAAAAACGAAGCACCAAACAAAAUCACCACCUUGUUCUUGUUCAUGAACUGAAACAAGAACAACAAGAACAACAACACCACCACCAAAGUUCAAACAUUCAACAGAAUCGGAUUAUAAACUUUGCUAGUGUUGUUUCAACAUCAAGUGAUAACAGAGUAUCCAACGAAUCAACAUCAUCUCAUAGACUUUCAGAUGAUUCGAUGUCACGUCCCUCGUUACAGCAGCAGCGGUUGUUAUUUGAUUUGAAUCAAGAAUAUGUAGAGUCAUGGGAGGAGGAUUCUAAAUCUAAAUUAGGUAAGGAGGAGUUUGAAUGUUGAUACUUGAAAACACGAUUUUAAUUUUUAGGUAAAACAAACAAACAUAGAAUUAAAUGGAGUUCUAAAUUAGGACAAAUCUUGCUUUCCCCAAUUAGAGGAUUGAAAAAGAAAACGCUAUCCAAAAUGUUGUUUUUGUACAUGAACAUUAAUUUUCUCAAGUUUUGAUAUAUAUUUGUUUUUUUUUUUUUUU